CCCCGUUUAAUAAGCCCGUACGUGGCAGUCACAGAGCCGUACACAGCAGCCGAGCCUGGAGCGGCUUCCUCCUGCAGCGAUUCUCUAGCUCAAACUGACAUCCUGCAGGCCACACUGAAGCGUUUUACCGUCGGACUCGGUGUAACUGUCGCCACACACCGUUUGAACCAUGUUCACCCUGUCGGAGCUGGUUGUCCUGCUGGCCGUCCUGUCUGCCACCGCGUCCGGCUACUUCGUUAGCAUAGACGCCCAUGCCGAGGAAUGCUUCUAUGAGCGGGUCAACUCCGGCACCAAGAUGGGCCUCAUGUUCGAGGUGGCCGAAGGAGGCUUCCUGGACAUCGAUGUCGAGAUAACAGGGCCUGAUGGUAAGCAGAUUUACAAAGGGGACAGAGAGUCCAGUGGGAAAUACUCAGUGGCAGCACACAUGGACGGAACCUACAAGUUCUGCUUCAGCAACAAGAUGUCAACCAUGACACCCAAGAUUGUCAUGUUCACGAUCGAUAUCGGAGAGGCACCUAAAGGCCAAGACAUGGAGACGGAAGGUGGUGACAGCUGGGAUGCUCACCAAAACAAACUGGAGGAGAUGAUCAACGAGCUGGCGGUCGCUAUGACAGCCGUAAAGCAUGAGCAGGAGUACAUGGAGGUCCGCGAGAGGAUACACAGAGCAAUCAACGACAACACAAACAGCAGAGUGGUGCUGUGGUCGUUCUUCGAAGCUCUGGUUCUGGUGGCGAUGACACUUGGACAGAUUUACUACCUGAAGAGAUUUUUCGAAGUACGGCGAGUGGUGUAGUGCGAGUAAAUGAGCCCUCUGUGUCCUCCACUGUUUUCUCCAACACCAAGACAGUUAUUUACACUCUGGAAAUGAGACUGGCAGUUUUGAGUAAAAGCCUACAUAUGAUCGAAUCUCAGAUGUUUUGUUCUCCUGUUACCCGUUUGGUUCCUUCUUUAUAAAUGUUAUGUAUGUUUGGAACGAAUGGCCAAAAGAUUCUGGGUUAGAUGGCAGUUGUCAUUAGUUUUACCUUUUUUUUUUUCUUUCUUUCUUUUUUUUUUUGGUCUAACAGAUUCUUUUGUCCAAUUUUGUUUGAUUGCAGUUAAUUACAUGACUGUGGGUCUCCUAAUUUAAAAUAUCUGCAGUCAGACGAAUAAAGUCACUGGAUAGGCAUGUGUGGAGUCACCACAGGAGUAUGAUAACUAAGUUUUAAACGGAAACCUUUUCAAAUGAUAAAAAUGGCAAACAGAAUGCAUUAGCUUGUUAUGUGAGAUGCAGAGGGUUGUGUUUCCAGUGUCAAUGCCAAGUCAGACAAUAUACUGGCAGAUAUGUGAUAUCUGCCCAUCGUGUUAACGCUCUCAAACAACAAAUUGCACUCCUGGUGAAUAAAUAUCUGAAGGGUUCACAAUGCAGCUGGUCUUUAAGGGAAACUGUACAGCUUCUAGCACUGUCUGUUGAUUCAUAGCGAUUCAUGCCAUCAUGGGUGGGGCUUCAGUGGACAUCUUUUCCAGAGAAAUGGAGCAGCUCGCUCCCCAUGUAUUUCAAAAAAUGGCAACAGACGAACGAUUUCUUGGCCUCACAUGAUUUAUUUUUCAAACACUUACAUUUUAAAACCUGGAUCUUGAAAAGCUGAGGCAGGGUGGGAUUUUACCUGAACUAUUUGCGGAACAACUCCAAAGUGAAGUGCAGAGAAAAUACAUGUUACAUGUUGAUCGAAGCUGACUGGCUGGGUUGGUGGGUUGGUGGGUGGGUGGGGGUCUUACACCUUAUGACUGCUGUGUGCUUUAGUUGCUUUUAAUAUUUUGCUCGGGUUGGGGAUUUUAAAUUAUGAUUGUAUACAAUUUUGGACUGUUUGUUUUUUUUCUGGAGCAUAUUUAGUGACAUGCAGCUGCUUGAAUGAUGCCUUUACCUUCUUAUUUACCCAUACAAGGUAGAAACGGACAUCCAAGGCAGUAGCUUCACAUCUAGAAAGUGCUGCAUGUGAAGGAAUAUGCUCCAGCUUUGUAUUAAAAACAAUCUUGGGUGAGCUCAGGCAGGUAAGCUGCUCUGUGCACAGUCUGUCCUUUUUUGUGAUUACAACGAAAUCUGCUAAAUCGAUCUGUAUAAAUGUAGAAUGGUUGUCUGUGGAAAAUGCCCCAGGUUUCAUAAUAAAGCCAAUAUUCUAUACAAUUA